CUCGAUUCCCUCGGAUUGCUAUACAUAUCUCUCUCUCUCUCUCUAUAUAUGUGUGUGUGUGUGCGUGUGUGUGGCCGUUUCCAUUUGCGUAAGUUGAUCGUUCUGCGACUCAGUCGGCCUCCAUUGUUUGUCCUUAAUUCAAACUUUAAUUUCCAAAGGGUUUGAUUCUUGAGAGAAGCAAAUUAAAGAUGGCGCAGAAUGGGUCACAGAACGAUGCAGCCAAGCAGAAGGAAAUCGACGAUUGGCUUCCGAUCACUUCUUCUCGGAACGCCAAAUGGUGGUACUCGGCUUUCCACAAUAUCACCGCCAUGGUUGGUGCCGGUGUCCUCAGCCUGCCUUAUGCCAUGUCACAACUUGGAUGGGGUCCUGGUGUAACCAUUCUUAUAUUGUCAUGGGUGAUCACCUUAUACACUCUAUGGCAAAUGGUUGAGAUGCACGAAAUGGUACCCGGGAAGCGAUUCGAUAGGUACCAUGAGCUUGGCCAGUAUGCAUUUGGUGAAAAGCUGGGACUUUGGAUUGUGGUGCCCCAACAGCUGAUCGUUGAAGUUGGUGUGAACAUUGUCUACAUGGUCACUGGAGGGAGAUCUCUGAAGAAGUUCCACGACUCGGUUUGCCCUGAUUGCAAGGAAAUCAAGACUUCCUACUUCAUCAUGAUUUUCGCUUCAGUGCACUUUGUUCUCUCUCAUCUCCCAAACUUCAACUCUAUUUCCAUCGUGUCACUGGCCGCGGCGGUCAUGUCCUUAAGUUACUCAACCAUUGCUUGGGCAGCUUCUGCUGGGAAGGGAGUUAAACCAGAUGUGGACUAUAGUUACACAGCUAAAACCACAUCUGAUGCUACCUUCAAUUUCUUUAACGCAUUGGGUGAUGUGGCAUUUGCCUAUGCUGGCCACAAUGUGGUUUUGGAGAUCCAAGCAACAAUCCCUUCAACUCCAGAAAAGCCUUCCAAGGGACCCAUGUGGAAAGGAGUGUUGGUUGCAUACAUCGUUGUGGCCAUUUGCUACUUCCCUGUUGCUCUGAUUGGGUACUGGAUUUUUGGGAACAGCGUCGAUGACAACAUCCUCCUCACCCUGGAGAAGCCCUCAUGGCUUAUUGCUAUGGCUAACAUGUUUGUUGUUGUUCAUGUCAUUGGAAGUUACCAGAUCUACGCGAUGCCGGUGUUCGAUAUGUUGGAAACUUUGCUGGUGAAGAAACUGAACUUCCAACCUUCUUUCAUUCUUCGCUUUGUUACUCGGACCUCAUAUGUUGCGUUUACCAUGAUCGUAGCCAUAGCAGUCCCCUUCUUUGGGGGCCUCCUUGGCUUCUUUGGCGGAUUCGCUUUUGCCCCGACCACAUACUUCCUCCCCUGCAUCAUGUGGCUCGCCAUCUAUAAACCCAAAAAGUUCAGCUUAUCUUGGAUCACAAACUGGAUCUGCAUUGUGCUAGGUGUUAUGUUGAUGGUCCUAUCACCCAUUGGUGGGCUAAGGUCGAUCAUCCUUUCAGCCAAGAACUACAGGUUCUUCUCGUGAACUGCUGUAACAGGAAUUCAGACAUUUCCCCUGAUGAUAAUGAAGACUAGUAUCUCCCUUUAUGAAUAUUCCAGUUUAAGGCUUCACAAGUUCUGUUUGUUUGCAGAGUCUACCUGUAAACACAUGAAUGUAGAAUUUAGUACAUAAAAGUGAUCUGGUAUUAGGAUUCUCUAUUUCUGUCUCGUAUUGGUAAUUAUGGUCUGUACACAUUCGAACAUUUCUGUUAUAUAUUAUAUUAAGCUGUUCUUUCAAUAGUUUGAUAAAUUCAAAUGGCACAUAUCUUUAACGGCAAA